AUGGCGAAGAAUCAAGAGGCACCCGGGGUUGAUAUCGCUCCUAAAGAUGAAGACCUGGAAAUUCUGGAGAUGCGUGCAUGUCUUGAACUUCUCGGAAUACACAGGGAGUCCGAGGGGGAUCGGUACCAGGUGCUUCUGGAUCCCGAAGGUGUAGUUCUUCAGCCGCAGUCCCCGGCGGGAAUCAAAGGAGCAGAGGUCCUCUAUGAGGCUUUAUUAGAACGCUUACGAGCGUAUGAACGGGGUAAUUUUUACGUGACGGACUUGCUUAGCGGCGUGCGCUACAUCUUCGCGUUGCUUCGCCGCUCCGGUUUCCUGAGCAGCGAUCCUGUUCGGGUGGAAGUUCUGCUGCAGAACGUUCAGGCCUUUGCGGCUAGCGGCGGUCCAGAUCGUGAAGCGCGCCAGAAACAUGCGAGCGUUGCGCUCUCAGCCGCUGUGCUUCUAUUCAAUGCAAUUGGCAACGCACCAGCGGCGCCACGCUGGAACCUGCUCCGCAUCGAGACGCUGGCGGAGAUCCUGCGGUGCGCAACUGCAGCGGACAAGGCGGACCGAGUCAUCGCUUUCAUGUUAAAUCACGGCACCGACAUGAUCGAACGCUACUAUUCCUCGCGCAGUUCGGAGUAUCGUGCCGUUCUGGAGAACAAUGAUGCUGAAAAUGGGAUCCGCGAGGAUGGCGACUUUACAACCGCGCGUUGUGGAUACUACCGUGCUCUCUUCUACGCUUUGAAAGCCGCGGAGGAACAUGUUCGAUUCCGGACGGACAUCAUUGUCGACACCGAUUUCGAGACCCUUCUGAUUCAGACAGGAUGCAGAGCCUUGGAAGUGGCGGAGACGAGCAAACUGGUCCAAGAUUCUGAUCGUGAAGUUGCUGUAGAAAUUGUUUGUCGUGCACUGGCUGCGCCGAGUUUCACCAAGUUCGCUGAACUACUACGCCUGGAAACGAUUCAGGCCGACACGCAUAUGCGGUAUGCAUGUGAGGCACUAACGCUUUUGGACGAAUCCCUCUAUGAGAGCCUCUUGGCUGGCCACGGAAACGAGUCCGAGGUCACGGAAGCCGUACACAAACACAGGCAAAUGAUCGAAACCAAGCUUCGGGUGCUGCGGGUAUCGCGGGCUUGUGCCCGUGGUGAAUACGCUGCGGAAAAGCCUGAGAGGUCCAGCGAAGAACCAGCAUGCGAUUCGAAGAGUCAUCGCGGCGCGCGUAUUCUGCCGUAUGCAGCCUUAGCGAAACAUGUGGGUAUGACGGAGAGCGAUAUGAAUCUUGAUGAGGAGGUAGAGAAAUGGAUCAUAUUAGCAAUACAAUUUGGUGUUCUGAGAGCAAAGAUUGAUCAAGCGAAGAAAAUGAUUCGCAUCGAUUAUGCCUUUGAUCCAGAUUCGAGCACGAGCCGAGAAAGUUGGCAACUUGUAGCUGGUCGCCUAGAGCGACUCCGCCUCCAGAUAGCGCAAAUCGCAGACACCACGGAGUCGAUUUUGCUAGCACCGUAG